UCUGAGCUGGGAUUAGAGGCACCUUUGGCAAGAGGGUGAGAAAGAUGGCCGCCCAUCAGGCCAGUCUUAAUCUCCAGGAUAAGAGCAUGAGGGAAUUCCUACGCAGGAUUCCAGGAGAAGAGAUUAAACAGGAGCCAAAUGAGGAGCUUCUGAAACGGUGGGAAGACCAGUGGCAGGAGUUCCUGAAGACUGUGGAGUCUCCUCACUCCAGAGCCCCACAGAAGCCGGAGGAGGCUUCACCCUGGGAUGACGCCAAGGCCUUCCUGGCCUCCUUCGAGCAAGUGGCCGAAGCCUGCCAUUGGCCCAAGGAAGAGUGGGUGACCCGGCUCCUGCCGGCCCUCAGUGGAGAAGCAGAGCAGGCCUUUAACAGGUUGGAAGGCAGAGACAGGAAGGAUUACGGGAAGGCGAAGGCAGCCAUCUUGCUAGGGGAUGCCAUCAGCCGGGAGAAGCAGCGCCAGCACUUCCGGCAUUUCCGCUACCAGGAGGCCGAGGGCCCGAGAGGGGUCUAUAACCGACUCCAGGAGCUCUGCCGUCGGUGGCUGAAGGUCGAGAGGUGCUCCAAGGAGCAGAUUCUGGAGCUGCUGAUCCUGGAGCAGUUCCUGACCGUCCUUCCCCCAGAGAUCCAGAGCUGGGUGAGGGAACGUGGUCCGGAGACCUGCUCCCAAGCAGUGGCCCUGGCCGAGGAUUUCCUGUGGAUGCAGAAAGAGUCUUUGAGGUGGGAGCAGCAGGUGCUGACUGCAGGGGGGCCAGUGGAGGUGCCCCCCUCUGCUUCUGAGGUAGAACAAGCUGCGGCUGAUGCAGGAAGGAGGCCUCUGUACAUAGAGUUCAAGCAGGAAGUGGAUAGGGACACUGUCAGCAUACAGGUUGGUGACAUCCAAGAAAGUGAGAAUGGAGGGGACCUGGUCGGGAUCCCCUCUGCAGAAGCUGAGCGUCAAAGGAUGGAGGAGAAUUUCGGGAGUCAGAAUGGUCACAAGAGGAGGGUAAGGAACCACCAGACAGAGAAGUGGAGGAAAAAACCCAUCCCUUGUCAAGGUGGCGGGUUCCACGAGGCGCCGGUUCGGGAACAAAAACCAAAGGAAAAGUACAAGUGCAACGUGUGCGCGAAAAUCUUCAGCUACAAGUCGAGCCUUAAGAUACAUCUGAGAAUCCACACUGGGGAGAAGCCGUACAAAUGCUCGGAGUGUGGAAAAGGCUUCAGCCGGAGCGACCUCCUUGCUUCCCACCAAAGAAUCCACACUGGGGAGAAACCGUACAGUUGCUCGCACUGCGGGAAGAGCUUCUGCGACCUCUCAACCCUUAUUAAACAUCGGAGAAUCCACACGGGAGAGAAGCCCUAUACCUGCCUGGAGUGCGGGAAGUGCUUCAGCCAGAAGGCGAUCCUGACCUCACAUCAGCGAAUCCACACUGGGGAGAAGCCACACAAAUGCCUGGAGUGCGGAAACAGCUUCAGCCGAAACACAUACCUGACUUCCCACCAAAGAAUCCACACAGGAGAGAGGCCGUUUAAAACUGUAAGCUGCAGCGGGGGCUUUUCUGAGCAACCGAGCAUUUCCUACUCUCAGAGGAUUCACGUAGGUUGUCCAGACUACAGCGAGGGCCUGAGCCAGCCAACAGUGUGCAUGACCCGGCAGAACCUGUUCACACUGAAUGAUGCUAUCAGCGUUUACGAAUCAGAGGAAAAACCUUGUCUGGAGGCAGCAUCUUCUGGGACCACGAAGCCGCCUGCGAAUUAG